GAGAUUAAGCACAUCAUGCUACCUCCUUCCCGCAGAGAGUUCAGAGAUAUUUACGUUGUCUUUGAGUUGACGCACUCUGAUCUCCAUCAGGUGAUUAAGGCGAACGAUGAUCUAACUCCCGAGCAUUAUCAGUUUUUCUUGGAUCAGCUUCUCCGUGGUCUGAAGUAUGUUCACGCAGCUAAUGUGUUUCAUUGAGAUUUGAAACCAAAGAACAUUCUAACUAACGCUGAUUGCAAACUGAAGAUCUGUGAUUUUGGACUCGCUCGUGUUUCUUUUAACGAUGCCCCGACCGCUAUAUUUUGGACUGAUUAUGUAGCUACUCGGUGGUAUCGUGCCCCUGAACUUUGUGGAUCGUUUUUCUCCAAAUAUACCCCUGCGAUUGAUAUAUGGAGUGUUGGUUGCAUUUUUGCUGAAAUGCUUUUGGGAAAGCCUUUGUUUCCCGGCAAAAACGUGGUGCACCAAUUGGAUCUUAUAACUGACUUUCUCGGCACUCCACCGCCUGAGUCCAUAUCAAAAAUAAGAAAUGAAAAGGCGAGGAGAUACCUUAGCAGCAUGAGGAAAAAGCAGCCGGUUCCUUUCUCUCAUAAGUUCCCAAAAGCUGAUCCUUUGGCUCUACGCCUUCUUGAACGCUUGCUUGCGUUUGAUCCUAAAGAUCGUGCUUCAGCUGAAGAUGCACUCUCUGCAUACUUCAGUGGUUUGUCGAACUCAGAGCGUGAACCAUCAACGCAGCCAAUCUCAAAGCUUGAGUUUGAUUUUGAGAGAAAGAAGUUGAACAAAGAUGAUGUCAGAGAAUUAAUCUACCGAGAGAUAUUGGAGCAUCAUCCUCAGAUGUUGGAGGAAUACAAGCGAGGUGGUGAUCAGCUUAGCUUCAUGUACCCUAGUGGGGUUGACAGGUUUAAGAGGCAGUUUGCUUAUCUUGAAGAAAAUCAAGGUAAACCAGAAGGUAAACCAGGAGCAGGAAGAAGUACUGCACUUCAUAGACAUCAUGCUUCCUUGCCAAGAGAGAGAGUUCCUGCUCCGAAAGGUGAAACUGCACAAGGAAGUAGUGAUGUUGAGAGUAGAGCAGCAGCUGCUGUGGCUUCAACCUUUGAAUAAGCACAUCCAUCUCCAUGUAAUUUUUUGUUUUGUCGUUUUUAUACAAACUGAUCUUUGACGUUUUUUUAGUUGAAGGACAUGAUUAACCCCGGUUUUUUAGCCGGGUUAUUAACUCAUGAUUUGACAUUUUUUUUGUUUUUUUUUUAAAUUUUUUGGCUAAAAAACGUAAGAGUCGGUUCUUAGCUUUUUUGGUUAAAAGUUAAGAGACGGAUUUUUAUAUUCCGCUAAGAAUCUCACCCUAAGAAAUUCUCAUUAAUCAUGCUCUUAAAGCAUGAUUAUCGGUGAUUUGGGUUUUGGAUUUCUAAAUAUUUUUUUUUUGUCUGACUAAAAAAAAAAUUAAAACCUAACCAAUCGCGGACCGCCAAGUAUCAGUAGGAUCCACAAAUAGUACAAAGACCCAAAUAAAGUCAAUUAUUGUUUGGUUACUUUUGUCACCGGUUUUUGGUGUUUUGUGGGUCUCCCCUCUAAGAAACUCCUAAAGUGUCCCGAUAAACAUGGUAUUAUAUCUCUUAUUUAAGAAACGGUUCUUAACUUUUCUUAGUAUCUAAGAAAAGUUAAGAACCGUCUCUUAUCUGAAACCAAGAACUUCAGUUAAGAGAUUGAGGUUAAUCAUGGUCUAAUCGAUUUUACUUCAGUGCCAUUUGGUGUGGUCGGGUCUAAUCCGGUUCAGGUUGAACCGGGAUACUGGGUCCUUUAUAAUAUAAACCGGAAGAUAAAACUCGGCUUUUUAAAAGCUAAAAUUAAAAAGUUAGCAGGCUUAAUGCUGUGUUAGUUGGCUUUCUAAUGACGAAGAAUAAGCUAAAUGAUCUCUUGUUUAUUAGUCCAUGAUGUCAAAAUCUAAAUUGUAUUGUUAUACUUUUUGUGUAAUAUGAUAUCCAUUAUCGGAUGAUAAAAUUAUUGGUCUGAUCUCAUCACGACAAAAACAAAAUUAUUUGAUUAAAUCAUUGGUCUGAAAUAAUGUUAAAGAGUAAAGUGAGCUCCUAAAGCAUUUUCAUCUCUAUGUUAUUUCAGCAAUAAUUUUUAUAAGAACAUUUCUAAACUUUUUAAGAAAAUUAUUAGAAGUUUAGUAGAUACUCUUCUUAUAUGUGUCCCUUCAUUAAUAAUUUAACUUUUCUAAGAGAAAUAAAAUUUAAUUAUUAAAGCUUUAAUUUCGUUUAAGAGUUUGUUAAGUAAUGGGAACUGCUCUUAGGAGCUUAUCCACCAACCCCAAACCACAGCCUCAAUAAGAAUCUGCAAAAGCGAAUAGAAUUUUCCAGGCUAAAGUCCAUAAUACGCCAAAUUGGUUAAGCAAUAUUAGGCGACAAUAAAUUUUGUAUAAUUCAUUAAAACUAUUUAAAUUUGUAAACAUUCAGAAGUGAAAUGUCUAACUUUAUACUUUAAGAUUAUGAUAAAUACGCCGCCACAAUUUGGAAUUUGACUUCAAAUUUUGACUACUAGGAAAAAUAAUGGGUUUCAUCAUAUCGUAAAGGAAUAGAUCACAAAAAUCUUGACUAACACCAGUGAAAUUUCUAAUAAACGUUUUUUAAAUGGGAAAAUGCCAUCAAAAAUAUCAUAUUACACCCCCGCAAAAAUACCAUCUAAAAUUUUAUCAAUAACGUUUGGUGACUGAAAUCGUGAUGUUGAACUAGAAAACAGUACUGUAUAUUAAAAAGUAAAACAUCAAAUUUAAACCUUUAGCAGUUUAACAUAAAAUAUAUAUAAUUAUCUUUAUAGAAUGUCUUGAUUAGACAUAUAUUUGCAUAUAAAUGCGAUUAUAAGUGUUCUAAACACCACAGCUCCAUUUGAAGAUUAUGAGUUGAAAACACUUUCCUUCUGAGUUCACCAGGGUCAUUUAUUAUUACGCACACUCAAGUGAUAUAUAUGGUUGCAUGGUUGUUCAAAAAAUAUGUAUACAUAUAUGGUUGCAUGGCAUCUGUUUCGAAAUUUGUAAAAGCUGUCUUCUGUAUGACUGACUUCAAAUGCAAAGAGACUUUUUUUUUAACAUGAAAGGAGACUUGUAAUUGUAGUAUGUUAUAUACUCUCUCUUUCUUUUUUAACAUAUAUGUUAUAUACUUACAUUACUGUAUACUUAUAUGUACAAUGUAUUCAUAUGUUUUUGCAUACAGUAAAUUUUGCAUUUUUUCUCAAAAGAGAGAGUCCUAUCUGAUUCCUUUUAUCAGAUGGCUCACACCAACCCAUUGAUCUAUCACUUUAUGGACCAUAUAAAGUCUCAAUGAUUUUCUUUUUAAAAGACUUCAAAAAGUAUUUCGUCAUAUACGUCCCACUAUUUAUUAGUAAUGUGGACUGCAAGUUCAACACCCUUUCUCACGUAACUCCUAGAGUUUAUUAAGUGUUUUUAGUACCGUGCAAAUAAAAUACAUAAACGUUAUGCGACUACAAUAACUUUCAUAAAAUUUCCCUGAUAGCCAAUUGGUUCUUCAGAUAAUGCUUAACCCAAAUAUACCCAAAAAGAGGGUCUAAUAUACGAUACACACACACGCGCGUUUUACAUGUGAGUUUAAUUUCAUCCCUACCCACGAAUCCUGAACUGAUAUCCACUUCAAGUAGACAUAACUUUUACGUACCCAUAUUAUUACAUGUGCUUUCUUUUUCAGCAGAGUCAAUAACAAGAUGUUCCACUUACGAAGUGACUGACGAUAGUAUUUGUAAAUCGCAAUAGUAGUUUGUUUUCUUUCUGUCGAUAUUGUUUGUCAUCGUUCGAGAGCUAACAGUUGACGUUAUUAUUGGCUAAAAUAAAUUCAUCAACUGGUCAUUACUAGCUAGAAACAGUACGGUGUACGGAAUACAAGUGAUUGGUCAUGUUUUCUUAAUUUCUAGAUCCUCACUGGCUCACCAUCGAUCGGUUGAAAUGGUUUUAAUAGGAAACUCAAGCGAUGAUAUAUGAAACAUGUACAAGCCCUAAAACAUGC